AGUUCUUGCCGCUGUUGCAGAAAGAACGGUGAUGAUUGAAGCUGCUUCGGUUUAAACAUUUAUAUUUGUGCUAUUGUUCAUUUGAAUUCACGAUGUUGGUCUGAUUGCAGAAGGUCCUAACAUGAGCUCUACUCUCACGAAUGCAUUGAAGGCAUACGUGGAGAGAAAACAAAAGAAGUCCAGUGCAGAAUCCAAAGAAGAAGAGAAAGAGCAUUUUAAGAAACUUUACACAGAAUGGAAAGGCCCAUCAAAAUACAAACAAGACAGUUAUCAAAAGAUCCCCAAGUUCUAUUAUAAGUUACCAUCAGAAGACGAAAUUUUACUCCAGAAGCUCAGGGAAGAAUCUCGUGCUGUAUUUCUUCAAAGGAGAAGCAGGGAGCUUCUUGACAAUGAUGAAUUACAGGGUCUGUGGUUCUUGCUGGACAAGCACCAUACACCCCCUAUGGUGGGAGAGGAGCAGAUGAUCAACUUUGAAGACUACCUGAAGGUUGGAGAGCAGGCAGGACCCAAGUGCAAGCCAUUUUUCACAGCCAUAGUAUUUGCCAAAUUGUUGCAGACAGAUCCUUAUGGCAGAAUCUCAAUAAUGCAGUUCUUCAACUAUGUGAUGCGGAAAGUUUGGCUGCACCAGACCAGGAUAGGUCUGUCUCUGUAUGAUGUUGCUGGACAGGGAUAUCUGAAGGAAUCUGACCUUGAAAAUUACAUUUUAGAACUAAUACCCACAUUACCACAGCUUGAUGGACUUGAGAAAUCCUUCUACUCAUUUUAUGUGUGCACUGCUGUGCGGAAAUUCUUUUUCUUCUUGGAUCCACUGCGGACAGGAAGAGUGAAGAUUCAAGAUAUUCUUGCCUGUAGCUUUUUAGAUGAUCUAUUAGAGUUGCGAGAUGAAGAGUUAUCCAAAGAGAUGCAGGAGUCGAACUGGUUCUCUGCACCAUCUGCUCUCAGGGUGUAUGGCCAGUAUCUAAAUUUGGACAAGGAUCACAAUGGAAUGCUCAGUAAGGAGGAACUGGCAAGGUAUGGCACAGGGACUUUGACUGAUGUAUUUUUAGAUCGGGUCUUCCAAGAGUGCCUUACAUAUGAUGGAGAAAUGGACUACAAAACAUACUUAGACUUUGUGCUUGCCCUGGAAAAUAGAAAAGAGCCCCAAGCAUUGCAGUACCUGUUCAGGAUCUUGGAUGUCCAGGGAAAAGGAGAACUGAUUGUUUUCUCCUUAAAUUACUUCUUUAGGGCUAUUCAAGAACAAAUGAAGUUGCAUGGACAAGAGCCAGUGUCUUUUCAUGAUGUUAAGGAUGAGAUCUUUGACAUGGUGAAACCUGCGGAUCCCCUCAAAAUAACUCUGCAGGAUCUUAUAAACAGCGGACAAGGAGAUACAGUGGUCAGCAUACUGAUAGAUUUGAAUGGAUUCUGGACAUAUGAAAAUCGGGAGGUACUUGUAGCAGAUACAACAGAGGAGGCUGAAAUUUAAGGUCCAAGCCCUUAAAUGGGAAGUAGAUUUUAAAAGAAUGAAGAUUGAGGGAGGCUCCCCUUUGUCCAGCCAUUGGCCCAGUGUUUGCUGCUCAAAGAAUGAGGUUUUCUGACCAAAGAAGAGAAAUUCUCAUCUCAAAGGUUGCAUGCCCUACAUAUUCCAGGUCUUGUAUUGCAUGCUGAAACUGUAUUUUUCAGGGUUGCCGAUAUUGUUUCCUAUAAUUUUUAUUGUGUUGUUCACAAUUUGAUAACACUUGUAAUGCUAGUGAAUUAAUAACAAAGAAUGUGUGAAAUAUGCAUUAUUGUGUACAGUUGGCAGCCCUUAUUACACAAGCAGUAUACAGAGAUUGUCACUGCUACAUCUGCAUGCAGUAUCUAGUGUCUGAUGUCCAUGUGAAUGAAUUAAACAUCAUAGAGUUCUUGGUACUGUAAUACAAAGCUGACUUGGAACUGUUAAUAUUGAAAAUUUCUGACAAACUGUGAAUGGUUAAUUAGAGUUAUGUUGGAGAUGUUUAAAGAAUUCCAUGUUGAAUGAUUUUCUGAUAGCAGACAGUUAAUUUAUUAAUUAUUUAAUUAAUUUAUUGAUGGUUAUUUCACAUGCUUUUAUUUGAGUGUUUAAAUUUGAUAAAAAUUGCAUGGAACUGGCUUUCAUCCUGGUUUUUGUCUUGGAUUGUUGAUCUUGCCUGGCAUGGCUUGUUUUCCUUUGGCCUUCUCUAUAUUUUUUUAAUGCAGAGGUUUAUAUCUUUACAAAUGACAAAGGAAGAUGUACCCUCUGACUAUGGCUUUACGAGAUGUGUUAUGUGUAGUAUUUUCAUGCUGGCCUCCAUACACUAUGCCUGUAUUAUGUUUUCUAACUGGGGCCUCUCGUCACCCAGAAUCACAUUGUAUUCCCUUUUGCAGAGAGGCAUUGACCGAUUCCUUGCUGUACCUUUGCUUGAAUAUAACAAAGCCGCCAUUGUCGUAAUGAAGUUUCACUGUAGCUUUGGACAUGAGGAAGGGAUCAGAAGUGCCCUUAUCUUAAUUACCAGUCCCUGCAGGCUCUUUUGUUCCCCUGGUGUCAAACAGCUGGCCUAGUUUCCUGAAGUCUAAGUCUCUAGUUGCUCCACCAGCAGCAAUUGCUUCAUUACUGAGCCCUCCCAAGUUGCUGUUAUUAUUUUAUAAAGUAGCUGAAGAUGGGGAUGCUGGAGUGAAGUACCUUGCUAUGGGUUUCUCGGGGUAUUUGAAAACCCUACAUCUCAUCCCUACAACUCAUCUUUGGUCUCCUUUGUUAGACUGAUAGUUCUGUGCUUCCUUUAUCUUUGACAUCAAAUCAUUGCAUAAUGGCUAUGAAAAAAAUGUCCUCUCUUUCUUCUCUUUUGGAUGCCUUGUCUCUCCGCCUCCAAUUAUCGUUCUUCUGUGAGACGCUAAUAUUCUGAUUAACUCUUAAAAUUGUUCCUGAGACAUGUUAACUGUUCUGUUGCUUCUGUUUGUGCGUUUACUAAAUCAAGGUCCUGGUGAGCUCACCACUAAAGUUUUUUGCCAUUACAGGUCUUUACAGAGAACUUGUUUUAUAUCUUUCACUGAGAAACUGGAAGAAUAGUGCUGUAAGGGAUGGAUUAUUAGGAAAAGCUGAAUUGCCUGUCAGUUCAUAAAAUUCUUGUAAAAAAAGAUUAAAUUUUAUCACAAGUGUGGUGUGUGCUUGGAGCAGGUGCUGCCUCGACAUACGUGUUUAGGUCAGCCAUGAGGCGAUUGGCAGCUUGAUUCUUUGGAUGUAUGUUGAGUGUGAUGCUCUUGUAAAGCUGACUCGACGUAGAUUGGGCCCCUUGUACCCAAAUGCCUAGUCUUUCAAUAGGCUGCUGAGUUGCCAGCGUGGCGGUAUUGAUUGAAACAGGAUGAACACCUGUGGGAGUAGUUGCAGAUGCAAAAGUUGCAGUAGUUGUCGGCAUUCCAUGUAUUGCAAGUGGGUUUGGUUUGGAGGCGAAAAGUGUUUUGGGGAGCCAUGGUCACAAAUGCAAUUUCUGUAAGAA